AGUCGAGGCCUGGCGCGCACCCCAGCGGCGCGAGCGGAAGAGCAUGAGCUUCGAGGAGGCGGCGGAAGCAGAGAGCGACGGCGGCCCCGAUUGAGGUGGUACCAUGCAGCAAGCAGCAGAGAGAUGCAGAGUUCGAGCCAGAAGACCUGACAUGGCACUUUAUGUACCUAAAGCUCGAAGGGGUGUAGUGCUGCUCAAGUCAGGUGAUGAGGAAAAAAGCUGCGGUCCACCUAGCUCCGUGGUGAAAGAAGAACAAAAAGAUUGUUUCUUCCGAAAGGAGAUCUUUAGAGACAAAUCUGAGACUCAAAGACUAAGCAUCAAUCCUGAUAAAAAGGAGCACAACCGUAGAGAAGGAAAGAAAUUUUCAGCAAAAUUAAGAAAAGACUUGUGCCUUCAAGAAAAAAAGAAAGAUAAGGUUUGUGUUAAGAGGGGAACCACAGAAUCCAAAGAAACAUUAUCCCAAGGACAUCAGCAAAGCAUCUCAAAUCCUGGGAUACCUAGUGUACCUUUACAAAGAUAUUUUAAGCCAAAGGAGGUGGAGUGUUUGGAGAUUGAAACUACAGAUGUGACAGGACCUGGGAAGUUGCUUCUGUCUCAGUCUUCAGAAAUGAGUGAGGCCCAGGUUCUAAACAAGCCACUCCAAAAUGUGGAAUUCUGUGAUGUCAGUAGGCAUGAAUUAAGGGGCAAAACGUUUGAAGGCAGAGGUUUAGAAAGCGGAAUUGAGACCGAUGCCAAGGCUGUGGAGAUACUAUCCCAGUUUCCUGGAGUUUUUAAUUCUGUGUUGAAACCUGAGAAUAUGACUGUACCUGUAAAACUGAAUUCUAAUUCUGGAAUUGUACAACAAAGCAUGCAAACAUCGUGUGUAAUGUUGACUCCCAGCAGUGGAGGCAUCACUGGUAUUUCUGUUCCUGGAAGUCUGGGUGGUGUCACUGACCAAACCUGUGUAGACUUUGAAGCUGAGAAUGUUGGUGAUGUAGCCAACAGUACAGAUUUCAUCUUGGGUCAGAGAGCUGUAGAUUCCAUUCCUGAGACUGUGGAUCCCAUCUCUCAUAAAAUGACUGUAGUCAGAGAAUUAGAGAGCAUAAAUGGCAUUUUUGAUCUGACAGUGAUUAGAGAGUGUGAGAAUGACAGCACUGCUGAUGACUUAUGUAUAAAGUAUGAACCUUCUGAUACAGUUCUCCUUGCUCAUGAAACAGAUACAGAUAGUGAGUCGAAGAGUGUAGGUGACAUUACCAAUAAGGCAUGUAAGGUGGACAUUACAGAUGUCCCGUCUGAUCAGAUAACUACGGGCAGCCCUUGUGUAGUCGCAGUUAGAACAGCUGAUGAGGCCUGUAGCAACACAGGUAGUUUCUCAAAAUAUUUAGAAAUGAGUCCAGAUACAGCCCCUCUUCAUGUAGCUAGAAAUGGGAGUGACAUGGACAAUUCCAGCAACCCGACUGCUUGCUCAGAUAUUUAUGCUGAGAGUAUUUCAUCUAGUUUCACAGAGUCAACAGGAAAGUUGAUAGAGAGCUUGUCAGAUUGUGCUUCCUCCUUACCUAUAAAGAAGAUUGCUGGUAGUAAUUGUAACACUUUUUUGGACUCUGAACUCAGUAUGUUAAACGGGACAAAAGUACUUUCAGACAGUGCCUUGGGCAAUGAUCUAGAUUGUACUGGUGAUAUAACAGAGGCAUUGCAUGAACUAAAAACUGCUGAAGAGUUCAAAACAAAAGAGGAAGAUGCCUCAGAGAAUAUAGAAUUUGGUGUAUCCUUUCCUGAUAUAGAAUCUGUAUCUAUGGAAACAUCCAUGGAACCGAAAGCAACGGAAACGUCUCGUGUGGAGGGAAGUGCUGCUACUGAAGAGAGCUGGGAGUCUUUGUUUAAUGAUGAUGGUGACUGCCUGGAUCCACGUCUUCUGCAAGAGUUAUCAGGGAAUAUGAGGAAUAGAGAAAGCAUCCAGGAACCUAGAUUUGAUUAUUACAACCAUCAAGUUUCUGAUAUUGACCUCAGUGAUUGUGAAUUUCCACAUGUCAUUGAAAUUUAUGACUUCCCCCAAGAAUUUCGUACUGAAGACCUCCUUCGGGUUUUCUGCAGUUAUCAAAAGAAAGGAUUUGAUAUUAAAUGGGUGGAUGACACACAUGCCCUAGGAGUAUUCUCCAGUCCAAUUACAGCUCGUGAUGCUCUGGGUAGUAAACAUACCAUGGUGAAAAUCCGGCCCUUGUCACAGGCCACAAGAGCAGCCAAGGCCAAAGCUAGAGCUUACGCCGAGUUCCUGCAGCCGGCAAAGGAGCGUCCUGAGACUUCGGCAGCCCUAGCCAGAAGGUUAGUCAUCAGUGCCCUUGGGGUUCGAAGUAAGCAGAGCAGAACAGAAAGGGAAGCAGAGCUCAAGAAACUGCAGGAAGCCCGAGAGAGAAAACGACUGGAAGCCAAGCAACGGGAAGAUAUCUGGGAAGGCAGAGACCAGUCUGCGGUUUGAACAUCACUCAAUGAAGGGGAUAGUUCUAUGAAUUCAGAAAAUAUUUCCAUAGUCUUCAGAUAGGAGGAUCCUUCUAGAGUUCUGUGUAUGUGCAGAAGUGCAUGUUAAUGAAAGAGAAAGCCAUCAAGACGAGCGCUAACUGGGUACAGAAAGAAGAUGGACUCCUGUCCAUCUUUGCUUCUAGCUGCAGUUCUUUGGAACUGCCCUACUGUGUUGGGCAUAGAAGGGGGCCAUCAGCCAGGAAGCUGACUUGUGACAGCUUGGAUAGGACUUCCAAGAGUCCUCUGGGCAGGGCAAGUCCCAUUGUUAGCCUGGCUCACACGUCUAAGAUGUCUGGAGAAGAUACAAAACAGAGGAUUUAAACCUGGGACGAUGGGAGAUUUCAGCCCUGCAAAGGCGGCGUGUUCCCUCGGGCCUCACCAGACUGAGGGGUGGUGGAGGGAGCAGUUCCCACAGAGAGACGGAGCAGUGUCUGAAGUACUUGGUCCUCAUGGAAUCGGCAUUGUCACUUGCAGAACUCCAGAGCUAGUGAGCUGCAGCAGCUGUGGGGUUUGCACCAAGCCAAGGCCGGGGGCUGCUCACACUGCACGGCAGCCAGGGGCCCGCCGCCUCCGGUCCUCACAGGGAGCCAGCCGUGGAGCACUGUCGUGUUGUGAGAGGGAGACAUUAAAGCUCAUUUUAUGACACACA